ACAUUUUUAAAUUAUCAAGUAGCCAUCCGGCAUGGAUGAUUUCCAUUCACUCACUGCAACUUCAACUGUUGCAAUUAUUGGUUUCCCACUUCUAUUUCUAGUCUCUUUUCUAUGGAUAUGGAAAUCGAACACAGGCCAGAAGAAAACGGCACAGGAAGCCGGUGGAGCAUGGCCAAUUAUUGGCCACCUACGCAUCUUAGGAGGGCCGCAACCUCCUCAUAUAAGCUUGGCUAACAUCGCCGAAAAAAGUGGAAGGAUCUUCACCAUCAAAUUGGGAGUCCAUAGAGCUCUGGUGGUGAGCAGCUGGGAGAUUGCUAGAGAAUGUCUCACCAUUAAUGACAAAGCUUUCGCCACACGUCCUAAGCUCGCAAGCACCGAACUUUUGGGUUACAACAACGCCAUGAUCGGCUUCGCACCUUAUGGACCUUACUGGCGUCAAGUGCGUAAGUUCGCUACGGUCGAACUCCUCUCGAAUCACAGGCUCGACUCACUCAAACACGUUCGUGAAUCCGAGAUAAAGACAUCCCUGCAACAACUGUACCAGUUGUGGAACAACAAGAGAGAUCCCAACACUAAUAAAGUGUUUGUGGAGAUGAAGAGAUGGUUCAAAGAUGUCACUCUUAAUGUGAUACUGAAAAUCAUCGUGGGGAAGCGAAUAUCGAAUUCUUAUGAAGGAGUUGAAACCGUGAAAUGGAAGAAGUCGUUGGACGACUUGUUUGAACUGAGUGGGAGGUUCGUGGUAUCUGAUGCGCUGCCGUAUCUGAGAUGGUUGGACAUAGGUGGAGACGAGAAGCUUAUGAAGAAGACAGCCAGAGAAUUAGACCAAGUUGUGGAGGAAUGGCUACAAGAGCACAAGGAGAAGAGAGCUGCAGAUGAGGCGAAUAGUGAGCAAGAUUUCAUGGGAGUCAUGCUGUCUAUUCUCCGUGAUGCAGACCAGCACGCUGCUGAUACCAUCAACAAAGCCACUAGUCUUGCUCUAAUCUUAGCGGCGGAAGAUACGACGUCGAUAACAAUGACUUGGGCUUUGUCUUUAUUACUCAAUAACCGUGAUGCGUUGAACAAGGUCCAAGAAGAACUCGACAUCCAUGUCGGUAAGAACAGGCUGUUGGUUACAGAAUCAGACACCAACAACUUAGUUUACCUUCAAUCCGUGAUCAAGGAAACGCUGCGUUUGUACCCUGCCGUUCCUCUCUCUGUGAUCCAUGAAGCAAUUGAAGAUUGCACGGUCGAUGGAUACCAUGUUCCGGCCGGCACUUGGCUUAUUCUCAACCUCCAAAAGAUUCAAUGCGAUCCACUCAUCUGGGAAAACCCUUUGGAAUUCCGACCUGGGAGGUUUAUGACCACCCACAGAGAUAUUGAUGUGAGGGGACAAAAUUUUGAACUGAUUCCUUUCGGCAGUGGUAGAAGAAUGUGCCCUGGGGUUUCGUUUGCGCUUCAGAUAUUGCACCUUGCACUGGCCAAUCUGUUGCAUUGGUUCGACUUUGAAACGCCAGCAGGUGAUGCCGUUGACAUGCGUGAAGGGCCGGGAUUGACCAGUCCUAAAGCAACUCCACUGGAUGUUCUUAUAACUCCUCGCCUUCCUGCUUUUGUUUACCACACCACUGUGUAAUUGGUAUUCUUAAGUUUGACCUAUACAACAACAACAAAACCUUAUUCCCAUAUGUAAUGGGGUAAGGGGAGGU